AUGCAAAGGAAGCUUCAAUUGCAACAACUUGGAGAGCUUCGCUUGGAGGCCUAUGAGAACUCCAAUAUCUACAAGGAAAAAGUCAAAUGCUUUCAUAAUAAUCAUAUUUUGAGGAAGGAGUUCAAAGUGGGCGAACAAGUGCUUUUGUUCAAUUCUCGCUUUAAGCUCAUAGUCGGUAAACUUAGAUCUAGAUGGGAUGGUCUCUUUGUUAUUACUAAUGUGUUUACCCAUGGUGUAGUUGAAAUUAAAAAAGAAGUUACCAACAUAACCUUCAAAGUGAAUGGGCAUCAACUCAAGGAAUUCCAACAAAGUCCAAAGUUGGAGGAGAAAGAUGUGGAGGACAUUUCAUUAGAAGAACCAACUCUUGGACCUUGA